GGCUGACUCAGGCGACGUGUCUCAGUGUCUGUGCGUAAGCGACCCGCAGCCCGAGCAGACGACGCCUUCCUCCGGGAGAUAAAAUGACUGAAAAUUCCCAACCUGCCAGUGAUCGGGGGGAGCUUGUGGCUGCAGGCGAAGGCGAGGGUGAAGGUGACCAGCAAGUGGCGUCCGAUGCAGAUGCUGCAGUUGCACAAAAUGGCCAGCAGGCUCGCCAGCCCACGGCUGGGGAGUCAUUCAUGUCAAUCACCAAAUCUCUCAUCAUCAGAGCCAUAAUCAUCUACUUCAUCACAUCGUUCUUCAGACGACCACAACAGCCAGCUGGACCUCAGGGAGGACCCGAGGGACAGCAAGUCACACAGGCUCGCACACCAGCCCUAAAUCUAUUCCAAGAUGGUGAUAAUCUGGACUUAUAUGUGUAUAUAUCUGAAUUAGAAACAUUCACGGACUUUGACGAUCCAGAGUCUUUAGUGUGGGUAAAAGAAGAUAUAGUUUACGGAGACUGGACUUCGGGGCCUGACAGUGACGGCACGUUCUAUCAUUCUCUCAAAAUCCCCACUACAGAGAAUAUACGAAACAAUGGCUCAUUAUUCGUCCACGUAUAUUUUGUAAAAAGUGGCUUUUCUCCGAACCCAGAAGCUGGAGAAGGCCUUUACAAUAGGAAAUACACAACCUACAAUUCGCAAAGACUUAACAAAUAUAAGCGUCGCCGAUACAGGAAAACUAGUAACUUGAUCACUGGAGAAACUGAAUUAUCAGAGGAGGAGAUUAUGAAAGCUGAGACCAUGAAAGAAGAAGUUAUUUCACACUGGCAUCCAAAUAUAACUGUCAAUAUUGUGCAUGACUUCACACAAUGGACCCAAGGUGCUGUACCCCCUCCUCUUGAUGAAUAUGUACAGUUCACACCUGCUGCAGAUAGAUAUAAACCUAUCACAUUCCUGAACACCUACUGGAACCUGGUGAGAGAUUACCGGCCCAUCAACGGCACCACGGAGAUCCUUGACCUGACCGUCACUUUCCAGCCUCUCUCACUGUUCAAGUGGCAACUCUAUGCAGCCCAAGCCAUGAAGAGCAGAUGGCCCGGCACAGCUAUGUUGGAGGGCCUUGGUGGGGAAGAGGAUGACGAAGACCAAGAUACCAUCAAGGAAGCCUUUUUGGAAACCUCUCCAUACCUGCUGGCACUCACAAUGGCCGUUUCACUCUUGCACUCCGUAUUUGAGUUCCUCGCCUUCAAGAAUGAUAUUCAGUUCUGGAACAAUCGUCAGAGUCUUGAAGGCUUGUCAGUCCGCUCUGUGUUCUUCAACGUGUUCCAGUCUGUUGUGGUCCUCCUGUAUGUGCUUGACAACGAGACCAAUUUUGUCAUCAAGGUCUCGUGCUUCGUGGGGCUUGGCAUUGAGCUCUGGAAGAUCACAAAGGUUACGAAUGUCACUAUUAAUAGGGAGAAACGGAUUAUGGGCAUCCCUACACUGAAAUUCACAGACAAGGGAACAUAUGUGAACUCCAAGACAAAGGCCUAUGAUCAAAUGGCCUACAGAUAUCUGUCAGUAGUGCUCUUCCCUCUGUUAGGAGGCUACUGUGUUUAUUCUCUCAUCUACCAAGAGCAUAAAGGAUGGUAUUCCUUUGUUCUGUCAAUGCUUUAUGGCUUCCUCCUAACCUUUGGUUUCAUCAUGAUGACUCCACAACUGUUCAUCAACUACAAGCUGAAGUCUGUAGCUCACCUGCCAUGGAGGAUGCUCACGUACAAAGCUCUCAACACCUUCAUCGACGACAUUUUUGCAUUUGUUAUUAAGAUGCCCACCAUGUAUAGGUUGGGCUGCCUUAGAGAUGAUGUGAUCUUCUUUAUCUUCCUGUAUCAGCGUUAUAUCUACCGCGUUGAUCCUUCAAGAGUCAACGAGUUUGGCUUCUCGCAAGACAUGGAGAAAGAGGUCAAGGAUAAGAAAACAGAAGCGCUUGGCAAUGGAUCAACGGCUGCUGAAGGCCAACCGCCCAAAUCUUUAGAAGAAAAGAAGAAAGAUUAAGGCAUUUUACCUCAGUAUUUUCAUAUAUAUGUAUUUAAUCUUACUGAGAUGUACAAGAUAUGUAUGUAGCAGAUGUUUUCUGGUACAAAGCAUAUAUUUGCGUAUGCAGAAGCUUUUCCAUAUAUAGGGAGCCAUUUUUUAUUUUUAGUCUUGUGUCUGUAUUAUUUAGUAGACUACUCAUUUUUUUGUAGGUUGCUUUUAGAAUAAUGUAUGUUUAUUUUGUAUUGAUUCUCUUGUUUACGUUGACUUUUUUUUUUUUUUUUUUUUUUUUUUUAGGGAAAGUUAUAAUUUACACUGGAAGUCUGUUAGGUUCACUCCAACAGAUCAUAUAUCUAGUCCAUCAGAUAUUUGAUGCUUGGCUGAUCUGAUGCAAUGAUGUAGAGCAUAAUAUAAACCAUGGCAGUCCAACUUAUGAAUAAUAAUGUAACUUUCUUUGCUAAAAGGAGCAUGUGCACCCUUGAAACUUGUAAGGCCCAUUCAGGAACUAGCUUUGGAACAGAUUUGUGGAAACUUGGCAGUGAGGUUUCUGUUCAUUGUUACUUUUGUGGGUUUUAGGCUAGACGUAUCAUUUUUUUGAAAUCCACAGAAUUUCAAAAUGUUUUUGGUUAAAUUUUGAUUGCUCAGAACUUGUUUAAAUCUUUUUUUUUUUUUCUUCUUCUUCUUCUUCUUCUUUUUCUUUGUCCUUUCUUUGUCUGUUUCUUUUUUUUUUUUCUAACCAGUAGCUUUACAAACUUGAAUUGCCUGAGCCAUACCAUAUUGUUGCCAAAAAAUUUAGUUCUUAGUUAUUGGAGUAGUCUUUGUCAUUUUAUUAUCGCUGGGAUUAAAAAAAAAAUGCCCAGGUAUCUGGUUGCUGUUGCUGUUGAUUUUCUGCUUGAGAGUUUGAAACCCAGAAAAUGUUAUCAUUUCAUCAAUGGUUGGCUAUUAAUAGGCUAUGAUUGGUUGUCAGUUUUUAUUUUUUUGGUCAUAAUGGAGUUAUUCAAUAUUACAAAUUACCUUUAUUUCUUUAUGCCCAUUUGCACUUGCAUGUGUAAGAUAGUUGCUAAUACUCUUUGGUUUUGUGAAUAAUCUGUUAUUUUUGUUCAUUAUUUGUGUGGGUUCUUCCAUAGAACAAUAUUUUUUUAUUUUUUGUCUACAGAGGGGGUUGCAGUUUGGGGAUAAGUUACAGAUGGUUUUAGUAUAUAUAUAUAUAUAUAUAUAUAUUUUUUCCUUUUUUCUUUUUCUUUCUCUUGAAAGCAUUAUUUUGCAAUAUGUAUGGAUGGCCAGCCAUGGUACUUACAAAACUGUUCUUAAUCAUCUUAUACGGUGAACCAGUAAUCCAAAGAAAAUAAUUUCACUGUAAAUGAGCACUUUAUUCAGUGAACUAAUUGCUCAGAAAAGGAAAAAACAGUAUGAUUGUAAAUUAGUAUUUUAUUCAGUGUCUACUAUAGAGAUAUUUCAAGAACAAAACAAGUGUAAUUAUGAUACCCAAAGCAUAUAUGAGGGUUUAUCUGUAUGCCGUGGGUUAUAUAGCAUAGCAUAUAAAAUCCAUAAGAACUGUGAAUGUUUGGGUAAAAAGUGGCUUGUGUGUAAAAAGUGGAUUGUUUGUAAAUGUGCUGAUGUGAACACCAUCUAAUACUGUGAGAGUCAGGUUUAACUUAAGUGUUUGAAGUGCUUGUAUAUUUCAGCUCAUAGCCAUUGUAAAAUUGAUGUAAAUUUAGAUUGCUCUAUUUUAUACCGGAUAUAAAGCAUGUAUAUCAGUGAUAAUCAUGUUAAUAUAUUUAUUUGGUUAUGCCACAAAACAUAUUCAUAUGGCUCUUUGUUUUAAUGACAUGUAAAGUAUGUCAUAGUUUGACAUAUAGCAUUGUAAUAAUAAAGACUUAUUAUCACACUAAUGCAAAUGUGACCUUAAAGAAAGUGUAAUGUCUUUCAGAUUUCUUGGAUUAUUUUUGAUCCUCAUUUAACUGGUUUUCAUUAUGCAAUAUCUGUGUUUGUGAUAAUUGGGGAAUGUGAAGAUAAAGGAAAAAAACUGUGAUACUGAAUAUCGUUGAAUCACAUUGUUUAUCACCAAAUCAAAGCAUUCUUCAGAAAAAGAAGAAAAAAAAAUAGAUAAAGUUAUUGAAGUAAAAUAUUUCUUUUCAUUGUCAGCAUUCAAAUCAAUCUGAAUCUAGACAGAGUACACUUACUUGACAAUCCUAUAUCUGAUCGCCUCCUAUGUUAACGGCUCGAAGCGCCUUUACAGUCUAGAACAUCUGAUUUGAUUUUAAAUAUGAAGUUGGUCAUUUAAGGCAGACUGUUCCUAUUCUAUUUGAUGGCAUGGUAAUAAAAAAUAUACAUGCAGAACACAUGAAGGUCUUUAGAAGCAGUUCCCUGCAGAAAUUUUAUUCUUAAAAUCUUGAUAUUUUGGCAUGAUUCUGAAGUAGCUGCAACUAAUAACUGAAACACAAAUUACCUGGUACUAUCCCUGAAUGAAAGAAUUUGUUCAAAUUCCAUUGGUGAGUAAUCAACUAUUGCUGUUAUGAGGGAUAAUGCUGAUUAUCUACUAUAGGUGUUCAAGAUUAAAAAUAUUUGAUCUGGAAGAUGAAUAUCUAUUUUUCUUAUUUUAGACAAACGGAAGUAGUAAACUUUAAUUUAAGAGUACAUGAAAAUGGUGGAUAGCAGUGUUUUUCCUUUUUUCUCAAUAGUUUAUAUCACAAGCAGGUAAAAAUGUAAAAUUUGCAAUCCAAAAAGGAUAAAUGUUAAUGUAUGACUGAUAUGUAAUGAUUAAGUAUUAGCAAUUAUUGUUUAAUCAGUGACAAAGCAGUUUCUUAAUGCUAAUGAUAUUCAAAAGAUACUUUCUGAUAACCCAUGUGUGUGUGUGUGUGAUUCAGACAUAUAAAGCAUUAAAUACAGCUAUGUAAGUGAGUUUACAAAAACAUUAGAAGACUUCAAGAUGCUGUCUAGCAUGAACAGCAGAUAAGGAACUUUAAUAAAACAAUAGACACCAGUUGGGAAUUUAAAAAAAAUGAUUUUAACUGUAGCUAAAUGUUUGCUAUAUUCUGGCAAAUUAUUUUUCUAUAUGAAUUUCAUAAGCCAUAGAAAGUUGACAGGAAGUAAAGAAAUUAUCUAGAUUAUAUGGUAUUAAGGGUAUUUUCUUACUCUAACUCACUGAGAGCAGUAAAGCAUUAUGCUUUGAGUGCUAACCCUUGAUGGAAUCUAUAAUUGUAAAUUGCCUUUCAUACUACUGGGUGGCAAUUAUCCUUUGUCUUAUGCUCUGUUAACCUGCCGCUAAUGACCAUACAUAUUGACGUGGCAGAUAAUCCUGAAUAAUCAGUCUUGGUUAACUUUAGGAAAGAAGUUUGGAUAUGUUUAACUAUAAUGCAGACAUGUGGGCAGUGCAUGAGUGAGAUUUGUUCCAUUCCCUCUUAAUGUGAUGUAAAAAUAUUCUGUUCUGAUAUUCAUUAAAUCUGAAUGGAAUUUGUUAAGCAAAGUGGAUGUUGUAGGGAGUAGAGUCAGUUGAGUUUAUAUAAGGAUUAUAUGACUCAAGAGACUUAAACUGGUUUUUAGUUUUGCUGGAGGUCAAAGUGGAUCUAGGGACUGUAGAAAGGUAUGCUGAUCUCUCAUUUAAAUAAAGGGCCCAGUUUCAUAGGAUUUUGUUAUAAACUUUAAGUGCUGUACUCAUUGUAGUUUGCAAUACAUACUGUAGGCGAGUUAAUGUAUUUUCAGUGAUUAAUUUUGUUUAAUCUAUUUGUAGGUGUCACAUUAUAAUUUCGAAAUAGUUGUGAGAUUCAUUCGGAUGUGAAAGGCUGUUGUGUGAUAUAUAAGUAUAAGCUGAAAGUGCAUUGUCCUCUGGUUUAUGUUGAAAAUACAGUAUAUGCCAAUGUUAUGUAAAUCAAUAUUUACUUUUGAAGAACAAGCUACAAUGAAGGAUUGUUUUAUAUGACUGACAUAUGAAAAUCCUUAUUUAAAACUAGGCAUGUAUUAUAUUGUUGACAAAAUGUGAUUUAGUACUAUUAUUUAUCUGAUAUGAGAAGGAUGUCAACAUGUCAUUAUUGUAAACAAUAUAUUCCUUAAUGGUGUAUUUACCAUA